UUCCGCUUCCCGCCGCUCGCAGUGAGUGUCUCUCGAGCUUUACGUGGCGACUGGGUGGGGGGUAAUCCGUGGUAAUCCACGGCCGGAAGAUAUCUGGGCACCCCGGGCCUGGAUCGAAGGUACCGGCCGCGCUCGCCGCUCGUCGUCGCCAUGCCUCGCAAAAUUGAGGAAAUCAAGGACUUCUUGCUCACAGCGCGGCGAAAGGACGCCAAGUCUGUCAAGAUCAAGAAAAAUAAGGAUAAUGUGAAGUUUAAAGUGCGAUGCAGCAGAUACCUUUACACCUUGGUCAUCACAGACAAGGAGAAGGCAGAGAAGCUGAAGCAGUCCCUGCCCCCAGGUUUGGCAGUGAAGGAGCUGAAAUGAACCACGUACACUGACUUGAACUGUAUUAAAAUUUUUAAAACUCUCAAAA